GUCUUCUUUGAUGUGAAGAUUGGAGACAAAGAUGUGGGUAGAAUUGUCAUUGGCCUCUUUGGAAAAGUGGUACCCAAGACGGUGGAAAACUUUGUGGCUCUGGCAACAGGGGAGAAAGGCUACGGGUAUAAAGGAAGUAUCUUCCAUCGAGUCAUCAAGGACUUCAUGAUCCAAGGAGGGGACUUCACUGCUAGAGACGGCACCGGAGGAAAGAGCAUUUAUGGUGAGACAUUUCCUGAUGAGAACUUCAAACUGAAGCACUAUGGCAUUGGGUGGGUCAGCACUGGCCCCGACACCAAUGGCUCCCAGUUCUUCAUCACCUUGACCAAGCCCUCAUGGUUGGAUGGCAAACAUGUUGUAUUUGGAAAAGUCCUGGAUGGGAUGACUGUGGUACACUCCAUAGAACUUCAAGCAACGGAUGAUCAUGACCGCCCAUUUACUGACUGCACCAUCGUCAACAGUGGCAAGAUAGAUGUGAAAACACCCUUUGUAGUUGAGGUCCCUGACUGGUGACAGAAAUGUUGGAAAACAGGAACACUCUGGCUGGUCCGUGUGUUCAUCACUACCCACUAGCUGUCUUUUGACUUUUUAGUUACUUAAAGUUGUACUUUCAAAACAAAUAUUCUCUUUUAAUAUCCCAGUCCAGAUUGCAUCAAAGAUUUAAGAAUCAACCACACAGCCAGAUGUCCUGGCAAACACCUAAAAUCCCAGCAUGUGGGAGGUAGAGGCAGGAGGAAUAAGGAAGGGUUCAGGGCCAGUCUUGGUACAUAGUGAAUUUGAAGCUAGCCUAGUAUAUGUAGAACCCUGUUUCAGAAAACCAUGCCAACAACAAUAAAAAUAAACCAAAGUUUAUGGUGCAUGAAUUUUGGUAUAUUACCUGCUCAGGUACUUUAAAUUGAAAAAAACAGGUUCUUCUUUUCCAAUGGUGCUAUUUUUAAAUUAAAAAAAAAACUUUGUAUUGGCUAUUUAUUUUUAAGAAUAUGGUUGUUUAUUUGUUUAGUUUCACUCAGUUCCUUGUAACCUCCAUGUUGGCUGAUCUGGAAGGUUUGUUUGAGAAAGGUGACUACAAUGAGGCUUAGCAUUCUUUGUUCAUAUAAUUCUUGACAGGUAAAGGGAAAUUUGAGUCGUAUCAUAUUUUGUAUGUCAUCAGAUUUUCUGUGUCUUGAUGCUCUUUAUAUUAAAUACUUUUUAUAUGAAUUG